AUGCUGCAUGGCUUCAACAUUCUGCGCCAGCAGUACUCGCAGUUGUCCAAACCUGGAGGCGCAAAUCAGUCUGCCGUCAACACCAUCCAGACCCUCGCAGAGCGGCUGUCCAAAGCAGACGAACUUCAACUUUCCAUCGAAGAUCGCAGAGCUGCCGUGCUUGCGCUCAAGGGAUUGAGCCGCGACCACAACCGCGCCGUGGGUCAGCAUGCACUUCCGGCAUUGCUCAUCUCCCUCCAACAGGAUGCAAAGGACGAAGACAUCGCCAGAGCCUUGAUCGAAUGCUGCAUUACACUGUGCGAGGUGCAAUCGCCGGAAGCUGCCCAGGCCUCGUCCGCCGCGCAACCACCGCAAGCACAGGGUAAGCGCAAGCAACACGACCAAGGUCCACCUUCCGGGCUUCUUCACACCGAUAUCUUUUUGCAAGAACCUGGCCCUCUUCAUUGUCUACUGCCGCUCCUGGCUCCUGACCGUGCCUUUUACACCCGUUUCGCCUCGCUCCAGCUCCUCGGCUCUCUGCUCCGCAAUCGUCCUCACAGAGUUCAGGAUCACGUCCUCGUCGCGCCCGGAGGGUGCGGUGCCAUCCUCGAAUGUCUUGCCGAAGGCGCUGGUUCCUCUGCAGAGAUCGUCCGCAACGAGGCCCUCCUCCUCCUCCCACACCUUGUCUAUGGAAACGCCGACAUCCAAAAGCUCGUCGCAUUCGAAGGCGCUUUCGAGAAGCUCCUCGACGUGUGUGCCGCUGAAGGCAGGAUAGAAGGCGGUGUCAUUGUCCAAGAUGCCCUCGAGGGCCUCGAAGCUCUUUUGCGCUACAACGUCUCCAACCAGAAUUACUUCCGAGAGACUCUCUCUAUCCCCAUGCUUGCACCGCUGCUCUUCUAUCCUCCCACACCGUCCAACAACGAGUUCCCCUCCAAGCAUGCUGAACACGAGUACGCGCGCCAGCUCGAGGCAUUUUGCUUCCAGGAUUGGGACCAUCAGAAAGUCGUCAACGCCAAAAUCGUGCUUGAGAUCGUCGCUCUGCUCAUCGGCGGCCAGGGUGAAGGUCGUCGUGCCAAUCAAGGCGCGCUUUUGCAAUGCGGCCUUACGAAAUGCCUAAUCGAACUCGGUCUUGCUUCCACCGCCCCUGCUUCCCUCAAAGCACAGGCGCUGCACGUCUCGGCCUCACUUAUGCACGCGUCGAGAGCCAAUCAAGAUCUUCUCUCCGCGUUGCUCGUGCAACCGAUCAAGGUCGUCAGCGCAUCCGAGCCGCACGGAGCCGAAGCGCAAGAGGGAGACCAACAAUCGGCUCAGCACUCGGCAUAUGCAGCUCCUCCAGAGGCUUCCCUCACCCGUAUAGAGCCAAGACCUGCUGCUGUCUGUCUUAUCGAGCUUGCCAUCGGCACUUCGGGUGCCAAAGGUGGGCUCGGGUUGAGAGGCGCUGCUGUCGCUUGCUUCCGAGCUUAUGUCGCUGACAACAUGGAUGCACGUCUGUCCAUCAUCAACGGUAUGGUCCCGCAAGCUGAAGCUGAAGCUGAAAGUGGUGCGCAUCAAGCAUCUGCUGCAGGCAGGAUCCUCUUCGAGGCUAUCACCCAGAGCCCUUCAGUCCAGGCUACGUCUGAACAUGCCGACGCCUACAAAUACCUUGUCUCGGCUAUGCUCUUCUCCUACCUCGUUCGCGGAAGUGAGACGGCCAAAGCAGCUGCCCGUUCUAUCUCGAUCAACCCCGAUGGCACAGUCAUCAAGCACGUUCGAGCCACAAAGGAAGGCGACGAUGACGAGGCUGACGAUGACGACGACGACGACGCACCUUCGUCGCUCAUCCAAGUCAUUGUCGGCAACUUGACUCUGUCCGAACGAGAGCUCGCCGAUGCCGUACGCACAGAGCGCGCCUCGGCUAUGGGCGCUACCGUCUCGUCCAUCUCCUAUUCUGCGGCAGACUGGACGCGCAUCAUGGUGGGCUACCUCGUCCUGCUCUCCGUGUGGCUGCACGACUCGCCACUGAGCGUGCGCGACUUUUUGUCGGAAUCGGCUGCGCUGCAAGCUGUCAUUCAGCCAGUCGCUCAGUCGUCUGGUGUCGAUCCACUCAUCCAAGGUCUCGCUGCAUUCCUGUUGGGAGUGGCGUACGAAUUUGAUACUGACCCAGGCAAGGAGGCCGUGACAAGAGCCACGAUGCACCCCAUCCUACACUCCAGAAUUGGCGCUGACCAGUUUGCUGUGCGCAUCAACCGCAUUUCUGAAGAUGUUCGUUUCCGCGAAGUCACACCUGACGUGCUGGAAAAGCUUAUCGCUGUUGAAGAGCAGAAUGAAGCCAAUGAGCUGCGUGUCAAACAGAUCGCAGAAGCAAAAGCGGCUGCAACUGCGGCAGCAGCAGCCGCAGCCGCCAAAGCUGCCUUGGCCGACCCAUCCUCUGCAUCUCCUGCUGCAGCCGAUGCGGCUACACCGGAGGACAAGGAGAAGGCAGACGAAGAAGCCCAGGACAAAGAUCUUGAGGUCAACGGUCUCGGCCACCUCUCUAAACGUCGUCGAGCGGGUCUCUGGUUCGAUUGGAGCUUCGUCGAAUUCUGGCGUGCCAACUCUACCCUGAUCGCUAGAUCCAUAACUGUCGAUCCUGCUAGCAGCUCUGCAGCGCAAGCUGCGCUUCCGGCAGAACUUCUCGAUGCGCAACGCCAAGCAGAAUCGUUGAGAGACACUGUCGUCAAACAAGCGCGCGAAAUCGAAGUGCUCGAAAAACGCGUCGAACAGCUAACCGAGACCCACACUCAGCAAAUCGCUCAACUUCAGGCGCAACUCGGAGCAGCACAAGAGGCCGUUACGACGCAUGCACCGCAGCUCGAAGCUGCUCGUACGCAAGUCGAGCAACUCAGGUCUGACCAUGCCUCGGCACUGGCGGAUCUGCAAGCAAGGCAUGACGAGCUGCAAAAGCUAUUGACCGAGGCUCAGACGAGGGAAGAGGAGAGCAACGGAAAAGUGUUGCAGCUCACCUCGGAAAUGGCUCGGAUCUCGGCGAGCAAACCUUCGCAAAAGGAGUUUGCGGCCUUGCAGAAGGCGCACGAUGAGUUAAAGAAGAAGCACGACGAUCUCGUCGUUGCCGGCUCGUUUGACGGCAAGAAGGAGGGUGCAGGUGGAGUGGCAAUGAAAGAUCUGAUCCAAGCGCGCGAGUUGGCUGGUCAACAAGCGGACAAGAUCGCAGAGCUCGAAAGCAAGCUUCGUACUCUCGAGUCUGCUGCCUCCGGUGGUGCGAAUGCUGUCGAUGAUGUCAAAGUCCAAUCCAAGAUCUCCGCACUGCAAGCGCAAAACGCUUCGCUCGAAAGUCAGCUUUCGCGCCUUCCCGCGCUCACCGCCGAGCUCGAAACUGCAACAGCGCAACUGGCCGAACUGGGAGUCACCAAAGCAGCUAAGACCGAACUGGAAGCUAAGGUGGCAUCCCUCGAAGAGCAGGUUCUCAGCUCGAACGGCCAAGCCGACACUGCUGAUGCUGAGAAAUCUAAACAGCUGUCGGCGGCUCUUGAAGAGAAACGAGUGUUGACCGAGAAGCUGGCGGCGCUGCAGAAGGUGGAGAAAGACAAGGCGGAGUUGGAAGACAAAGUGAAAACCUUGGACGAGGUGACCAAGAACAAGGCUGAAUUGGAGAAGAAGCUCCAAGAGUUCGAAAAGCUCACCCUAGACAAACAGGAGCUUGAAGCGCGGGUGGGAUCGCUCGACAAGCUGACGAAAGAAAAGCAGGAGCUAGAAAAGAAAGUCAAGCAGUUGGAAAAGCUGAGCAAGCAGAACAAAGAGCUCUCGACCAAGCUGUCGCAACUGGACAAGCUGACUGCCGAGAAGAAGCAGGUGGAAUCGGAGCUGGCGCAGUUCAAGGCGUCAAGCGAGAACGAGGUUUCCGAGCUGAGAUCCAAGAUUGCCGCUCUCGAGACGUCCUCAAACGCUUGCACAUCGUCUUCAAGUGCCGAUGUGGAGAAAGAGCUCGACACGCUCAAGAAGGACAAGGAAGAGAUUGCAAAGGAGAACGAAGACCUGCUUGUGCUGCUCGAAGAGCUCACCCAGAAGCGCAAACGUGACAAGGCAAAGUUGAGGGCCAAGGGCGACAAGGAUGUCAGUGACGACGACGACGACGAUGACGACAAUGACGAUGUGGAUUGA